CAGCACAAACGAAGAAUGGCAGAAGCGGCUGCAAGUAACCACGAACUUUUUACAUGUCCGAUUUGUUUGGAUCUUCUUAGGGAUCCAGUGACUAUUCAUUGUGGACACAGUUACUGUAUGGGCUGCAUUACGAGCUGCUGGGAUCAGGAAGAUCAGAAGGGAGUCUACAGCUGCCCCCAGUGCAGACAGACGUUCACCCCAAGACCCGUUUUAAACAAAAAUAAUAUUUUUGCUGAACUUGUGGAAAAGAUCAAGAAGACCCAAAUCCAAGCUUCUGCUCCUGUUCCAUCUACUGCUGGACCUGGAGAUGUGGAGUGUGACGUCUGCACUGGGACAAAACUCAAAGCUGUGAAGUCCUGUCUGGAAUGUCUGGUGUCAUAUUGUGAAACUCAUUACAAAGCUCACAAUGACACACACCCUGGGCAAAAACACAAUGUGACUGAUGCCACAGGCCAGCUGCAAAAGAGGAUCUGCAGCAAACAUGAGAAGCCUCUAGAUAUAUUUUGUCGUACGGACCAAAGUUGUGUUUGUUUGCUUUGUCUGGUGGAUGAACACAAGGGCCAUGACACUGUGUCAGCCUCUGCAGGGAGGAGAGAGAAGCAGACACACUUGGGGGAGACCCAGAGUAAAAUCCAGCAGAGAAUCCAUGAGAGAGAGAUGGAGCUGAAGGAACUGAGGAAGGUUGUGGAGACUCUCAAGAGCUCUGCAAAGACAGCAGUGGAGGACAGUGAGAGGAUCUUUACUGAGAUGAUCCGCUCUAUUGAGAAAAGGUGCUCUGAGGUGAAAGAGCUGAUCAGAGAUCAAGAGAAGGCUGAGGUGAGUCGGGCUAAAGCACUGCUGAAGCAACUGGAGCAGGAGAUUGCUGAGCUGAAGAGGAGAGAUGCUGAGCUGGAGCAGCUUUCACACACAGAGGAUGACAUCCAUUUCCUCAAGACUUUCCAGUCGGUCAGUGAGACACCUGAGUCUAAAGACUUAUCCUGCAUCUCUGUGAAGCAAGGCCUCUCUUUUGAGGCUGUGAAGAAAUCUGUCUCCUCACUAAAGACGCAGCUGGAGAAUUUCUGCAAGGAGGAAGUCAUGAAGAUAUCUGCAUCAGUGACUGAAGUCCAGGCUGUUUUGCCUCCUGAACUUACAACCAGAGAGGAUUUCCUACAAUACUCAUGCCAAUUCACACUGGAUCCAAACACAGCAUACAGACUCCUCCAUCUGUCUGAGGGGAACAGGAGGGUGGAGUGGGGAGCUGAGCUCCAGUCAUAUCCUGAUCAUCCAGAGAGAUUUGAUGGGUGGUGUCAGGUGCUGUGUAGAGAGGGUGUGUCUGGACGCUGCUACUGGGAGGUUGAGUGGAGUGGGUGGGGGGGUUAUAUAGCAGUCUCAUAUAAAAGCAUCAGCAGGAAAGGAGUGAAUGAAUGUGGGUUUGGAUGUGAUGAUCAGUCCUGGAGUCUGAGACUCUACAGCCUCAGCUCCUCUUUCUGUCACAAUAAUAAAGAGACUAAACUCCCUCUAGUGCGCGGCUCCAGAAUAGGAGUGUAUGUGGAUCACAGGGCAGGAACUCUGGCCUUCUACAGCGUCUCUGACACAAUGACCCUCCUGCACAGAGUCCAGACCACAUUCACUCACACACUCUACCCUGGGUUUUGGCUAGGUUCUAGAUCAUCAGUGAAGCUGCUGUGACAGACAUAUCUAGAUGCUGCUAGCACAAACAUACAUGUGGUAAAUGCAUACAAACAUAACAUUGUAAAUACAUGAUACAUAUAAACUAAGGGGGGGGGGUUGAGAGCAUUAAAGUAUUGUAGAAUAGCUUAAUAUUCUUAGGCUCUGGAUCAUCAGUGAAGCUGCUGUGACUGACAUGUGUAGAAGCUGUUAGCACAUACAUAUCACACACCACAUCAUUUAACAUAUCACUCACAUGUAAGGAUCUAGCAGCAGGGAUUGAGAAUCUUUGAUCUUCGGGACAACAACAGACUGAAGCCAUUCCCCAAUCUCUGGACCCCAGCUAUUACAAUAUCUGUACCUCUAGACCUCUGCUGUAACGCAUGCAUCACCACAGCAGAAAUAAGCCAUUGUGUGUGAAAGGUUUUGAUGAGUUCUGUGUUGCAUAACUUCACUCUCCCAAGUGUUUAGUCCCUUUGUUAUUGCAUACACAUUCUGAUAUCUGGUUUUAUAUGACCAAUGUCUUUCUUUAUUAAUACCGUUAUAACAAGACCAGUAUGUUUUAAAAUGUUUCUGGUGCAAAAUAGUGAAUAAAAAGUUAUAAACUUUUUCUUGGUGUGUGUGUUUGUAAAUGUGUCUGCAACAAAAUGGACACAUUCUAAAGGGAACCACAUCAUUGCAGCUGUGCAGUUUCUCUAGAUCUGCUAAGGGAUCCAGCGACCAUGAUGACGCCAUGCGGUUGCAGUUACUGCAAUCAAUGGUUAGGGGCACACCUUCACUCCGAGACCGGCUUGGAACUAGAACACUCUCAUAGCAAGAACACUCUAACAGCUAGAACAAUAUCAUAGUGUGAACACAAUAGAUGGAACAUUAAGACAGCUCAAAAUACUCAGAGCUGGAACACUCUCACGGUAAGAACUCUCUCACAGCUUGAACACAGAAAGUUAAAACUAUCUCACUGGAACAAACAUAGACAUGGCUAUUGGGUUUCCAACUGGAAGGAAAGACAGGCUAUAGACUCAUCCUCUUUAGGUUAUUAUAGAGUGAGGCAGAGAGAGAAUAACAAUGACAUAAAAACACUCCUGUCAAAUGAAGUUGUUUAACCAGAUGGUUAACUUCAGCCUGUCAGCAUCCUCAUACAGGAAUGAAAACACAUCGCCUAAUUCAGUUCUAGGAGCUAUGACAUUUAAAAAAACAGAAAUCAGACAGAGAAUAUCCGGUUACAUGUGAACUGUACCUAAAUAAUACAUAAACAUAAAAAGCCUAAAUUACCAUUUAAUGUAUUAUGUAUUAUGGGCAGGGCCGGCUUGUCCAUAAGGGCGAUUGGGGCGAAGCACUGCCUAGGAAAAAAAAAAAAA